CUUCCAACUUCCAACACACUACUAACCAACUUUCACAAAAAUGGAUCGCCACAACCACAAUGCACCAUCCCACCACCAUCAACCAUCCCAACCGCAAGCCACGGUCACGGUCCACCAUGACUCCCACCACACCCCUAACUACACUGACAACAAACCCACUGUCAGGUUUUACUGCAAGGCCAAAAAUGAUUACUCACUCACUAUCCGAAAUGGUAAAGUGGUUCUUGCACCCACCAACCCUUCUGAUCACCAUCAGCAUUGGAUAAAAGAAGAGAAGUACAGCAACACAGUGAAGGAUGAAGAGGGUUUUCCCUCUUUUGCUUUGGUGAAUAAAGCUACUGGACAGGCAAUCAAACACUCUGCUGGUUCCGGGAAGCCGGUUGAGCUAGUGGAAUACAAUCCAGAUAAGGUUGAUGAGUCAGUUCUUUGGACCCAAAGCAAGGAUUUGGGUGAUGGUUUUCAUGCAGUAAGGGUGGUUAAUAACAUUAAGCUCAAUGUAGAUGCCUGGAAUGGUGAUAAAGAACAUGGUGGUGUUCGUGAUGGCACCGAAAUUUAUCUCUGGGGAUGGACCAAGGGUGAUAACCAGCGGUGGACCACUGCGCCUUUCUGAUGUAUUAUGUGUUGUUGCGGUCGGGUGUUUUGUUUAUGGCCACGGAGUGAUGCUCGUAUGUAUGUUCGAAUGAUGUUUUGAAACGUUGCGACGAUGUAUUAUAAAUAGUAUGAUAGUCGGCCCGUUACAUGGCUCGACGCUAUGGCUAGUACUUGCUGGAGAUACUAUUGAUGUUUAUCAUGUUUGUUUGUAUGUUUAUAUGUAGAUGUGUGUAUGAGAAUAAUAUUUGUGUACUUAAAAGUGAUUUUAGUUUUCUACAUUCUUGACAUAUUGCAACAUGAUAGUAGUAUUUCACUAAA